UCGAUUUGGCUGCAUCCUCGACCUCGAGUCGUGUUGUGGGGGUGUAUCACUAGUAUCAUAUGGACGAUCUCCCUCCGCCAUUGAUCCUCGACGUCCUGAGUCGACUAGGCGACUCAGCUGACCUCGCUCGCUGCCGAGUGGCAUCCAAGACCUUCAACUCCCUCUCUCGAGAUAUCCGAUCCAUCAACCUCCACUGCUCCUUCGACCGCUACGCCAAGUCUCGCUGUCCCCUCACUCGAUCCUCCAUCACGCCCUUCAAAACCAUCCUUAAAAACUUGGUUUCCGAGUUGAGAAUCGUCGAGUCCGUCACAAUUGGCAUCGAUAAGCCGCUCCGUACCGUGUCUUACGACGAUGUAGAAGAUGAAGAUGAUGAUUUGUAUCUGACAGAGGUAAAUUUUGUUGGCGAGUGGUUGCCCAAGGUUUCCGAUGGAUUGACGUCUUUUUCAAUUUCCGAUUUUUGGGUGCAAUCUUGUUGGCGACGAUCCGAGGUGCUAUCCCUCAUUUCUUCUUACUGUCAUAAGCUGGCCGAGCUACAGAUCAGGAAUGCUUGGUUGUCAGUGGACGGUUUGAAACCAAUGCCUAAACUCUCUAAGUUAACACUUGAGUACAUUAGACUGGAUGAUGAGGACCUCAACAAGGUAAAUGAGAGCUUCCCAGGUCUGCAAGUUCUCAACUUGAUUGGGGUUGGAGGUCUUAAAGAUCCCAAAAUCCAUCUUUUGCAGCUUAAAGCCUGUCGGUGGACUGUGUCUAAUGCUGUAUAUUCUGUUACUAUAGUUGCUCCAAAUCUUGUUAAACUAAAACUCAAAUGUGUGAGGCCAAGAGCACUUGUUAUUGAGACUCCAUCAUUGGCUGAUUUGCAUCUUUCUGUUGAAGAGGCUAGCAGCUUCAAAGUUGAAGAGUUUGUCAAUUUGACAAACCUUCAUCUUGAAUCCUUGGACCUUCGCCGGCUGCUUUGUUCGUUACCAUUUGGUAAAACAGUUAAGAACCUGAAACUAGGCUUAACAAAAUCUUCUGAACUAAUGGGAGUAUCUAAGUUUGGUUUUGAGUCCUUGUUUAGUGUUUUCCCGAAUGUCAGCUCUCUUACUUUCACCCCUUGGGCUUGGUCAGUUUUCGAGAUGUAUAUUUGCCCUGAAGGUGAUGAAAUUAGGUCUCGGAUGAAGGGGUUGAAAGAGAUUACUGCAUAUUUAGAGAUUCAUGAUUUUGAGACUACGCUGUCAUGCAUUUUCUCCAUUUUGGACAACUGCUCUAACCUGUUCGAAAUGAAGUUAUUUAUCCACCGUGAUGUCGUCUUUCAUGUUACAAAUACUCUUAUUUCAAGAUGUAUGACCCGUCAUCCAAGAGUUAUAUGGAGAUGGGGAAUGUGGAAAGAAGGUACAGAAGAUGCUUGGAUUCUUGAUGGCGUCUUAUAAGCUUUAUGGGUGCCGAAGGCUUAGUUGUUGAUGUUUGAUUCUGGUCGGAGCAUAUCUGCUUUCACGCUGGUACAUAUUUUAUUUUCCCAAAAUAAUAAGAACUGGCUACGCUUAGUGUAUGUAGCCAAAUUAAACAUCCACUUUGAGUGUGACAUAUUUGUGCGGCUUUGGUGAAUCAAGAUAGGCUUGUAUUGGGGGAGACGUCAAGUUGGGGAGCGAUGCAGCGCGUGUUCCACCUGCUUUGCAUCAUCCAUCUGAAGUUGAACCUUUCGAUGACUCCCCUAUAAGUGGGAUGCAGACCGCUGUCGAGAACAGCGACGAAGUCUACCUGAACAAAAUGCGUGCAAAUAAAUCACUGGCUUGUGUACAUAAUUAUUCAAAUGUUGUAUAAUACAGUAGUAGAUACCAUGAUGACUUUGCAGAAAGUUAUAUUGCGGACACGUACUGUAGUUUCAUGCUUGUAUUUGAAUUAUUUAAUAAAAUUGCUGGAAAUUUUUAAUC